GCGUCACGUCCGGCCACUGCGAUGGCGGCGGAGCGGGGCUGGGGCUGAGCGGAGCGGGGCGGCAUGGAGGGCGGGCGGGCGGCAGCCUGCACCACGCAGGUCAGCUUCGUGUGCCAGCGCUGCAGCCAGCCGCUGAAACUCGACACGUCCUUCAAGAUCCUGGACCGGCUCACCAUCCAGGAGCUCACCGCGCCGCUGCUGAGCGCUGCACCCGCACGGCCCGGGGAUGCGCAGGAGGAAACUGCCCUGAGCGAGGACGCGUUCACCGAGGGGCGGCAGGACGGCGUGUCCAGGAGGUUCAUCCCACCCGCCAGGCUGCUGCAGCCUGUUCCCCUCUGCACUCAAUUCUCGGUACAAUUCUUUCCAAGAAUGAUGUCGACAGAAAGCGCCAACAGCUUCACGCUGAUCGGGGAGGCUUCGGAUGGAGGCACCAUGGAGAACCUCAGCAGGAGGCUGAAGGUUACCGGGGAUCUCUUUGAUAUCAUGUCUGGGCAGACAGAUGUGGAUCACCCCCUGUGUGAGGAGUGCACAGAUACUCUGCUAGACCAGCUGGACACACAGCUUAAUAUCACAGAGAAUGAAUGCCAGAACUACAAGAGAUGUCUGGAGAUACUGGAAAAAAUGAACGAGGAUGAUAAGGAGAAACUGCAAACAGAACUGAAAGAACUGGCACUGGAAGAAGAGCGACUGAUUCAGGAGCUGGAAGAUGUUGAGAAGAACCGCAAGGUUGUGGCUGAAGACUAUGAGAGAGUCAGGGCAGAGGCAGAGCGACUGGAGCAGGAGGAAGCUCAGUAUCAGAAAGAAUACUGUGAAUUUAAGAGACAGCAGCUGGAGCUAGACGAUGAACUGAAAAGUGUGGAGAACCAAAUGCGUUAUGCUCAGAUGCAACUGGAUAAAUUAAAGAAAACUAAUGUGUUCAAUGCAACUUUCCACAUCUGGCACAGUGGUCAGUUUGGCACAAUAAAUAACUUCAGACUUGGCCGUCUCCCCAGUGUUCCUGUAGAAUGGAAUGAGAUCAAUGCAGCCUGGGGGCAGACUGUGCUGUUACUGCAUGCCCUUGCUAACAAAAUGGGCCUGAAGUUUCAAAGAUACCGUCUUGUACCGUAUGGCAACCACUCGUAUUUAGAGUCCCUCACGGACAAAUCGAAGGAGUUACCCUUGUACUGUUCUGGAGGCCUGAGGUUCUUCUGGGACAAUAAAUUUGAUCAUGCGAUGGUGGCUUUCUUGGACUGUGUGCAGCAGUUUAAGGAGGAAGUGGAAAAGGGUGAAACUCGGUUUUGUUUGCCUUAUAGGAUGGACGUGGAGAAGGGAAAGAUUGAAGAUACAGGUGGCAGUGGUGGUUCUUACUCUAUUAAAACACAAUUUAACUCUGAGGAGCAAUGGACAAAAGCACUAAAAUUCAUGUUAACUAAUCUGAAGUGGGGUCUUGCCUGGGUCUCAUCCCAAUUCUACAACAAGUAACCAUGUCAAGAAUUUGUCCUGGCAUCUGCAUUUUAUUGGAGAAACUCAAAUUAAGAAGUCUCUGAAUACUAACCAGUACAAAAUGUUUACAAUACCAAAAAUCCACAAGACACUUUAUUUAAAAAAUUAACAAAAAAUUAUUACAAGUAGUAUGUAGAAAAGCAAUAUGUAAAGUUAUAUAAUUGAGCUGAACUGAAUCUAAAGAAAUCGGCUACUGAAUAGACAUUAAACUGGUAUUUUGGGUGUUCAUGGAUAUGUGUACGAGUUACUGUCAAACUUCACAAUGCCAGCAAGUUUGAUACUACUGUUACAGCUUAACAAAACACAGGGGUCAGAAAAGUGAAAUGUUUCUAAUGGGGGACAAUGUGGAAAAACGCAUGGAAGGUCUGUUUGGUCACUGAAAAAGAACUGCAGCUUAAAAUAAAAUAUUUUCUAAGUCAUACUGACAUUUCUUUUAGCCAUUGAACUUUAUAAGGGUUUGAAACUGUGUAAAAUACUGUUAGCUACAAUGAUAUCACCUGUUUGUAAUACCUGCUGCAGCCUGUUAUUGCACAGAGGUGCCCUGAGUAACACCAGUAAUAAAACACACCGUUCUACCCUGAGUGCUCUCAUGUAGCACACGCUGGUCACAACACAAGCAUCCCUUAGCACUUACACAGCUUACUGCACCUGCUGCCAUGACAACUGCAUGCAGCUUUCAGAAUAGGUGAGAGUUUUUCUUUCUGCAACACUGCUCAGCCAGCUGCCUUGCUAAAGGCAAGUGCAAACAAGCCUCUGACCACUGACAAAGAGGGAGCACAGUGACAAGCAGCCUGGCUGCAGCAAGCUGUCUGAAACAAUUAGUUUUUAAACAAGCAGCAAAGAGAAAUACAGCCCGGUUUGUAAUAACUGGGGUUGUGAACUUGUAGCAAUACAGAUUACCGAGCUGAAUAACAUUCACAUUCAUGCUUUUUCAAAUCAAGACUCCUUACAGUUUUCAAACAAAACAUAUUCAGUAUGUUAAAUGUAGCUCUUACAAUAAAGCUUUUGGAACUGAUAAA